AUACAAGAUGGACCAUUUCAUUCUAAUUUUAUCGGAUGUCCGUGAAAAGCCACCAGCUAAAAAAAACAAAUUGUUAGGAAUAAACUUCAAAGAGUGAAAUGGGAAUAAGUUGUCGUUUAUGCACCUAUAUGUACUUUUCCCCACAAUUACGAAUUAUCUUAUUAUUAUUUGUUUUGUUGGUCAACAAGGCAGUCCCCUCCCACCUCUGUUCCUUUCUUCUGUCAAUAAUGCAACGACGCAAGUGAAAUAGAAAGCCAAUUGGCAAACAAAGAUAGAGAUCGGCGCCCAAAUCACCUAUCCGCAGCCGGAGCCGGAAGCUGGAGCAGAAUUUCUCGAUUGGCCUUUUCUGAUCUGAACUUUGAUCGCUCCGGCGACAGAUGAUGGAUGAGGUGAUGACCACCGCCGACGCUGCGACACUGGGCAGGGCGGCGCUCUCUAUGGCUCAGACGGCCUCUUCGGUGCUUCUGACUCCUCCAACGCCUCCAUCAGAUUCUUCUUCUCCGCCAUCGCCGCUGCUUCCGAGCAACCUCCCGCUGAUUUCCGCCUUCCUCGCCUUCGCUCUCGCUCAGUUCCUCAAGCUCUUCACCACUUGGUUCAAGGAGAAGAGAUGGGAUUCUAAAAGGAUGGUGGACUCUGGCGGAAUGCCGUCGUCACAUUCCGCCACCGUUACAGCUCUGGCUAUGGCCAUUGGCUUGCAAGAUGGAACCGGAUCCCCUGCUUUCGCCAUUGCUGUUAUCCUCGCCUGCAUUGUGAUGUAUGAUGCUUCCGGUAUAAGACUUCACGCCGGUCGUCAAGCUGAAUUGCUGAAUCAAAUUGUGUGCGAGUUUCCUCCAGAACAUCCAUUAUCCAGUAUCAGACCUCUGCGCGAGUUACUUGGACACACUCCAUUCCAGGUUGUCGUUGGAGGAAUCUUGGGCUGCAUAGUAGCUUACCUGAUGAGAAACACUAACUAAAGUAAAAUGGACACUGAAUUUCCUUACAGACCAAAAGGGAAUGCUUCAGUUUCAGUAUAUCCCCAGAAACUGGAAGUAGCUGAGGCAGGGAAAGGAAGGGACUUUUAUGUACUCUCAAAGCACCAUACUUCCAGUGAUCUUUAUCAAUUCUUAAAAAGAAAUCCAUAAGUUAUUCUUCCUGUACUUAGACUACUGUAAUUUUUAUUUAUUUAUUCCGUCAAUGGCUCCUUAGUCCAUUGUUGUUGGAAAUUCUUGUCAAAUCAAGUUGAAUGUAAUGGAAAAGCAACUUGAAUUCAAUUUACUUCGAUUAUUUGCAUGGAGCUUCUUUUUUCUUACAUAUUCGUUACCUUUUAAGCAUUACUUCCAUUUGGUGCAUUUCUAUUUCUAUCUUACUGUAAACAGGGAACAGAAGGAUGAUAAAAGGAUCUAGACACCUGCAAUAACUAGUAACAAGUUCU